AUGGAAGCUGUCUCGUCGCCCAUGAAACGACGCGCCGUGCUCGGCUCUCUGGACGCGAACGCGGCCUUGUCAACAACACCAAUCGCAAGCAAAAUGAUCAUGAUGGGGUCGUCAAUGCUGCUGACGCCGUCGGCUCUGCUAGUGAGCAGCCCAUUGAUUGGGAGCGAGUCGUCAAAGGGAAAGAAGCGGACUGCGGGGGAAGACGAGGAGGGAGUGGUGGAUGAGAGCCCGGUGCCGAAGAAGACGUGUGUUGAUGGGGCUACGCGAUCGAGGUCGCCCAGUCUUGAGACAAGUUCCCUGUUUGAUAGCUCGGCCGGAGAUGCUUCCUGGACGACGGCAACAGAGCCAGAUGCAACGGCGGCCACAACCUUGCUAGCUGCCACAAGGCCUCGGGCUUUGACCAGGGAACAAGCCAGAGAGAAGGCAGAAAUCCUCCGUCUACGCCUCGGACUCGCGGGUUACAAGCUACGCACCGGCCAAACCUCCGUCCCCCUCUCCGAACUCCAGCGCAAGCCUCUCCCGCCAUCGACCGCGACGCGCAGACGAGCGAAUACAUUUGCCCAUGCGACACGGACGAAUACACACACUAGGGUUCGAAGCGUGGACUCGAUCCCUCAUGUGCCCGUGUUAUCGCAGGAAUCAUCAGUGCUAUCGAUUAGAUCAGAUGCAGUGACCGUGCCUGCUUCUCAGGAGAGCGUCGUGGUGGAAACAAGAGGCAACACGCCUGAUCGUGUCGAAGGGCAGGAGGCGGGGAAUGAACGAGACAAGACUGUUCUGCUCGGCAUUAGUGAUGUAGAUUCUCCUUCUAGAGUCUUUAUGUCAAGUCCAGCACCGGCGCCGGUAUCGUCACUAAGGAGUACUUGUACAGAGGACGUGGAUAAACUAUGA